AUGCCAUCAGCGAUAGGAACGCGCACGAGUCUGAAAUUAUCUUCCGACCAUUCGGACCGCAAGGAAGCAUGGGGCGCUGUUCCCACUUCCGACGAGAUAGUUGUUCCUUUCGCAGCCAUCGAUUAUCUACAUUCUGCGCUAGGGGAUGAGGGUUUCCAAGCCCGCACUGAUGGAGUGCUCCAUUUAUAUGAGGAACCAGAAAAGGUGUUUGCACUGCUAGAGUGCAAGGCAAGGCGGAGAGAAGAUGCCCUCCCUCAGGUUCAGUAUCAGGAGGCAGCCCAGAUAGCGGCAUGGGUUUUACAGAAAAACCAUCCAGAAACAGCAAUGCCGGGACGGUAUGUUUUCUGGACUUCUGCUUUUUUGUAA